GGAUACGGAUACGCGGCUUGUGCUCUAGCCAGCUGCACGGGUGCCGAGUAACACCCGGGCCAUGAGCGCAUGAUCCCCCCACUUCCCUAACGCGCAGGCCCCUACAGCUUGUCCCUCCCCCUCCCUCCGGUCUCCGUUCCACUCUCCACGGCCGCGGCCGGGCCAUUUUUCUCUGCUUUGUUAUUCGGCUGCCGAACAGAGGAGCGAAGCAAUAGCUGGAGCGCGCCUGGAUGAGCACGGCGGCCGAGACGAGUCAGUACAUAUAAACCGAGCCACCUGCUGCAGGAAGACGAUCGAGAGGGCACGGGAUCGGAGAUUCCGAGGCAGGCAGCGCCGCUAAGCUUGCCCUCCGGCCAUGGGUAACUGUUGCUUCGGCUCCGACGCGCCCGAGGUGGGCGCCGUCAAGGCAAUGGCCCAUGCCCACCACGCGCACCCGCAAGUGGCAAUGGCGAAGCGCGUCAUGGCCGCGUCCAACGCCGCAGUGAGCCCCGGGACGAUGCCAGGUAGGUCGCCGCCUGGCGGCGCGCCCACGACCAGCACAGGGGGCGCCGGCGGCAAGCCGCGCCCUGCUGGCGGGGGCGGCGAGGCUGCAGGUCUGGACGGGAGGAUCCUGGAGGCGCCCAACCUCCGGGUGUUCACGUUCGCGGAGCUCAGGGCGGCCACCCGGAACUUCAAGGCGGACAGCGUGCUCGGCGAGGGCGGGUUCGGGCGCGUGCACAAGGGCUGGGUGGACGAGCGGACCCUGGGCCCCGCGCGGAACGACGGCGCCGGCAGCAUGCCCGUCGCCGUGAAGAAGCUCAACCCCGAGAGCUUGCAGGGCGUGCAGGAAUGGCAGUCGGAGGUGAAUUUCCUGGGGAGGCUUUCGCACCCCAAUCUGGUGAGGCUGCUGGGUUACUGCUGGGAGGACAAGGAGCUCCUGCUUGUGUACGAGUACAUGGCCAAUGGCAGCCUGGAGAACCACCUCUUCAGAAGCGAACCACGGAAGGGCGGAGCCGCCGUGCAGCCGCCGCUGCCGUGGAGCCUCCGGCUGCGCAUCGCCAUCGGCGCCGCCCGCGGGCUGGCCUUCCUGCACUCGUCGGAGAAGCACGUCAUCUACAGGGACUUCAAGGCCUCCAACAUCCUCCUCGACACGCACUUCAACGCCAAGCUCUCCGACUUCGGCCUCGCCAAGGACGGCCCCGCCGGCGGGAGCAGCCACGUCACCACCCGCGUCAUGGGCACCUACGGCUACGCCGCGCCGGAGUACGUGGCGACGGGCCACCUGUACGUGAAGAGCGACGUGUACGGCUUCGGCGUGGUGCUGCUGGAGAUCCUGACGGGCCUGCGCGCGCUGGACACGGACCGCCCCGCGGCGCAGCACAGCCUGGUGGACUGGGCCAAGCCCUUCCUGGCGGACCGCAGGAAGCUGCCGCGGCUGCUCGACCCGCGCCUCGAGGGCCAGUACUCGUCGCGGGGCGCGCAGCGCGCGGCCCAGCUCGCGCUGCGGUGCCUCGCCGCCGACCACAAGAACCGCCCCUCCAUGCGGGAGGUCGUCGCGGUGCUCGAGGAGGUCGAGGCCAUGUCCACCAGGGCCGCCGCCGCGGCGAUGGCGGCGAGGCUGGAUGGCUCGGCGUCCCCGCGCCCCGCGGCGGCGCGGAGCGGGCGCGCCGCCCUGCGGCCCGGGUCGUCGGGGUCGACCUCGGACUGGGCCGGCCCGGCUGGCGCCCGCGGCGGCGCUCACCCAUCUCCAUCUCCUAGAGUUGGGUAGCGCGAGUCUGAUAUUGGUGGUGUACAGUGUUCCAUCAUGAACAGGAGCUGAGCUUAUUGCAGAUCGUUUGCGAUUGCGGCUAAUGAUGAUCAACCAAUAAUACCCUUUUCGAAUGAAACCGAGUGCAUUUUUGUCGAUUGUUGGAUCGUGUACUGAAUACACUUUCGCUUAUGCAAGUUUGAUAGGUUUUUAACCGAUGUUUGGUUCAUGCUUCAUGGUCAUAUAUAGCUAUAGCCUGCCACACUUCUAAUCGGAGAAAAAACU